GCCCCGCCUCCGCCGCGCUGACGGACAGCCGCAACAGCCAAUCAGCGAUGAGUAGAGGGAGGGAGUUCCGCAGAGAUGGAGCCAGUCAAUGAAGCUGUAGCUUCGAUGCUGGCGUGAUUGACAGAUUGUAAAAAGGUUCUUUGCUGAGGAACCAGCCAGCCACACUGGGCGAACCCAAGCCAUGUGUGCUCACAAGGCCCAGGAGACAACAUCUGAUAAGCCCUGUCCACCUCAGGACUGUGAUUAAAUCAUCCAGGCUUUUGUUUGUUUUUUGCUUAACUGCCCUAAUGGCUAAGGCUGAGGAUCAGCUGUGAUGGGUCCUGGAAGAGUUGGUCUUUGAAUUUUCCACUGAAAGCUGUGCUCUCCUACUUAGAGAAGUUUUGCUUGAUUUUUAAGCUAAAUUCUUUUUUUUCUCAGCAAAUUAUUUUUUAUAUAUUUUUUUUUACACAUCUCACAAUCUGAGAAAAUGGGGGCCACAGGGUAUGGAUAUUACCGCACUGUCAUUUUUAUCUCAAUGUUUUUGGGAUAUCUGCUGUAUUACUUCAAUAGGAAGACCUUCUCCUUUCUGAUGCCAUCAGUCAUGGAGGAGAUUAAACUGGACAAGGAAGAGCUUGGCCUGAUCACCAGCAGCCAAACGUUGGCUUAUGCCAUCAGUAAAUUUAUCAGUGGAGUUCUGUCUGAUCAGCUCAGCGCCCGCUGGCUCUUUUCUGCUGGACUUUUGAUCGUGGGAGGAAUAAACAUAGUCUUCUCCUGGUCGUCCACAGUCAUGGUCUUCACUGGACUCUGGUUUGUGAACGGUCUCGGGCAGGGAUUUGGUUGGCCACCCUGCGGCAAGGUGCUCCGGAAGUGGUUUGAGCCGUCCCAGUUUGGAACCUGGUGGGCGGUUCUCUCCUGCAGUAUGAACUUGGCCGGCAGUCUGGGUCCCAUCAUUACCACUGUACUGGCUGAGUACUACAGCUGGAGGACCAUCAUCUCAGUGUCCGGCGUGAUCUGCAUGGGCUUUGCGUUUGUCUGCGUCCUGCUGGUCAAGAACGAGCCCAGCGAUGUGGGUCUGCCCAGCAUCCAGCCUGGCAGCAAGAAGGGCAAAGGCAACAAAAACACCCCAAAUGAUGAGAGUACGCUUAAAGAUUUCCUGCUGUCUCCAUACCUGUGGGUCCUAUCCAUGGGUUAUCUGGUUGUGUUUGGGGUGAAGAUUGCCUGCACUGACUGGGGGCAGUUGUUCCUCAUGCAAGAGAAAGGCCAGUCUGCUAUGAUGGGCAGUUCGUAUAUGAGUGCCCUGGAGGUUGGUGGUUUCGCUGGUAGCAUUGCAGCAGGCUUCCUCUCAGACAGAGCUGUUGCACGACAUGGGCUGGGAACCCAUGGCAACCCUCGGCAUGCUCUCCUCCUGACCAUGAUGGCGGGCAUGUCUGUGUCUAUGUAUCUGUUCCGGGUCACCAUCACAGCAGAGGCCCCCAAGGAAGAUCCACUCUGGGUUAUUGCUCUCCACCCAGUCUCUGUGCUGACUGGUCUAUCGGAGAAAGAGAUCUGGAUCUUAACUCUAGGUGCUGUAUUUGGGUUUUCAUCGUAUGGCCCGAUUGCAUUGUUUGGGGUCAUCGCUAAUGAGAGUGCACCCUCUAACUAUUGUGGAACAUCACAUGCUAUUGUAGCCCUCAUGGCAAAUGUUGGUGCUUUCCUCGCUGGCCUGCCCUUCAGUGCCAUCGCUAACCGCUACAGCUGGCACACGGCCUUCUGGGUGGCUGAGGUGAUCUGCGCACUGACCACGGUUUGCUUCUUCCUGCUGCGUAACAUGCGGACGAAAAUGGGGCAUGUGCUCAAAAAGACAGACUGACCUCCACAUCAUUAAACCUCUCUCAGACUGACCCCACCAAUGAGGUGCAGCUUAGCCAUGACAAUGGCUUUUACAUUAACUCUGAUAUAACACAGAAAAACACAGUUCACCCUUCUUCACUGUGCUAUUGUAGAAUCACACUGCAAGCACUUUCAGUAUUCAGUUCAUCAGCUUUUUAAAUGAAGAAAUCAAAUGUUCUUGUUAUGACAAAUACCUAAAUAAAUAAAAAAAAUAGGAUUAUUAAUUCAGCAGGAUAUAAAUAAUUAGCAGGGUCAGCCAGGUGUAGGGCUGAAUAGUGUGUACACACUCACAACAUAUACUACAGUUAUACUGCUAGAUAGAGGCCUUUAAGGGGCAUAGUUUAGCCUAGAUAAGCUAUUUUAGUCCUUAUUUUACCCAAAAUAAUGGAGCAUUCUAAUAUACCGGUAUAGGUCAAUCAAACAUGGUCUGAAGUUGUCAUUGCUCAGAAGAUGCUUGGAGAUGAGAAUUGCUUUAUAAUGACAGUUAAAGGGGCACUAUCAACUCAAUGUGAAAAUGAAGCAGACACCGAAAUUGGUAUUUUUUAGGCAAUAAUAUAUUAAAAAGAGAAACAGUUUGUAGGUUCAAUUCCAAAUUACACACUACUCUCUAAAUUGUGUUAUAUGCAGGUCAUGAAAUUACUGAUCUAAGCAGAACCUUAUAUUUUUAAUAUAUUGAUAUUUUUUUAUAUUUACAGUAUUUAAAUUUACUCACGUCAAAAUCUUAAAUCUAGUGCUAUCUGCAUUGAUUGUAGUUUUAUGACUUGAAAUUUCCUCAUUAGAUCAAGUUGUAUUUUGGCUUCAAUAUUUUUUGUUGUGAUUUUUGUUCAAGUGGUUUGGGUUGUUAACAAGAAACACAGAUGGAAAUUAUAUUUUUUUUUCUAUAGAGAUUAAACAAAAAUAAACAAUAUAAGCAUGCAAACAAAAUAAACAAUAUAAGAGCAAUGUUUGAGCAUUAGAUCUUAUUUUAUCCAGUAAGAAUUGUCAGUAGCAUGUACAAAUCUGUUUUUUUUUACACAAUGAAUGAAAGUACAGCUACAGACUAAAGUUGCUGUUAAAUCUGUCAGAAAUUCAGGGCUUAUUGAAAAAUCCAAGUUUCCCAUUAUUAAAUAAGAAUUUGUGCAGAUGAUCCUAAAUACAAUAUUUUUGACAUGACUUGAUGGCAGCGUUAGUUGUACAGGCACAUAAUGCAUGCUGGGUAUUGUGGUAAGAGAACAUUAAUGGGUAUAAAAUUGAGCAGUCUGCCAAACCAUUAGGGCUAAAGAAUACACUGCAAGAAGAAUGUGCUGCACUACAGAAUAUUACACAACAUAAAAAUGAACAUAAUUAACUCAGAUUAACAAACUAAGUUUUAGGCUGGUGUGCCCCUCUUAUUAACAUUAUAUUGGUCAGCCUUAGUCAGGGUUGUUCAACCCAACUGUGACUGAUAAAGUACACUGUUCACAACAGUUUUUUAAUUGAUAAAUGUUUAAAUUUUAUUAUAUCCAGACCAAAGUAUUCUGCCUAGAAAUGUGCUUACUCAUAUCUGUUCUUCACCACCAUCAUCAUCAUCAUAAUCAUCAUCAUCAAAAGACACAUUGUACCAGAAUGCUGAAUGUCUUGCAUGUUUAUUUCUCUAUGAGGAGUAAUUUAAGGUACUACACUUGACUUCAUUUGCACAUUCCUACAUCCUCUGCAAAUUACUGCACACUUAUAGACACUGGAAAUGUGACUCAUUUUCUUUUACAAGAUCUGUAUUUAUUUUCAAACACACUAUACAGCUUUUAAUGUGCAGGACUAAUGUUUGUUGAUUUUUUUUUACUUGAAAUAUGAAACAUUUGUGAACAUCUGUGAACUCGUCUUUCUGAAAUGUUACAUAACCUAUUCACAGCAGAACUGGAAAACAGAGGUGUGUUUCUAACCUGGAAGCACACAACUAACUCCUCUCCAACACUCAAAUUAAGCUCUAAUUAAGGUCUAACACCUAAAUCAUUGUUACUGUGAGUUUUGAAAAUCAAAAAUUAUCUAUAAUUGAAUGAUGUUUAUCAUUUGUAGUAAUGCACAAAUGUUGUAAAUGAAAAAUAAAAUGCUUUUAUUUGCUAUUAAAGAUUAUUCUAAUAUUAAA